AUGAUCCCCACCGGCCGCGCGUUGCUUUGGGCCCUGUGGCUGAUCCUGGGGGCCAGGGAGGUAAAAGCCAGGGUCCUUGUCCAGAGCCAGCCCGAAGCGGAUUGGGCUGGUGGCAGUGAAGGGGACGCAGUCACGGCAAGGAUCCCGAACAAGUUCUGGCCCAAUAUCGUGAAAAGGGAUGAACCUGGUUUGGUCGGGAAAACGAUAAAUCCAGAGGAAAAGGAAGAAGACAAACUGGCUGUCCCUGCUGCCGCCGCGCUCUUGGAAGACUCGGUGUCUUCAGUAUCGGGGAACGAGGAAGAACAGAGCCUGGAGGAGAGCCAGGAGCUAGAUGGGGAUGAGCAGCAGAAGGAAGACCAAGAAAAUGACGAGGACCUAGCGCAGGAGGAUAAGGAAGACCAGGACCAAGAACUUAACCAGAAAGAAGAGCAAAAGAAGCAUUCCAGAGACCCAGGGCAGGAUCAGGGUCAAGCGCAGAAUAUCGAGCAGGAGCAGAACCAAGAACAGGGCGAGAUUCAGGAGACAGAGGAGGAUGAACCGCAAGAGGAGCGAGAGGGAGAAGAACAAGGGCGGGAAGAGACUCAAGACCAGAUGCAGGGGCUUGAGGAGCAGAGGCAAAGACAGGAGGAAGAGGGCCAAAAGCAAGAGGAAGCUGGAGGGUUAGAGCAAAGUCGGAGCCUGGGAUAUAAGCUGGAGCAGAUUCAGGUGCAGGUGCAGGGGCUGGAGCAGCCGAAGGCGAAAGAGCAGCCGCGAAUUCAAGUGCAUGCGCAGGGGCUGGCGCAGCCGAAGGUGAAGGAACAGGCGCAGGGGCUGGAGCAGCCUAAGGCGAAGGAACAGCAGCAGAUUCAGGUGCAGGCGCAGGCUAAGGCGAAAGAGCAGCCGCGGAUUCAAGUGCAUGCGCAGGGGCUGGCGCAGCCGAAGGCGAGAGAACGGGCGCAGAUUCAGGUACAGAAACAGGUGAAGGGCCAGCAACGUAUUCCAGUGCACGAGCUGGUGCAGGAGGAAGAGCAGGAGCAGCAGCGGCAGCAAAUUGAGAAUAAGGAGCAGAAGCACGAGCUGCUUCAGGUGGAGGAGCCACAGCGGAUUCUGGUGCAGGAGCUGCCUCAGGCGAAGGAGCCCCAGCAGAUUCAGGUGCAGUCAGUAGAGCAGCAGCCACAGCAGGCGCAGGAGCACCAACAGAUUCAGGAGCAGCCGCAGAUACAACUGCACUUGGAGGGGCAGCAGCCGCCGCCGCCGCCGCAGACCAAAGCACAGGAGCAGGUGCUGGUGCUGGUGCAGGCGCCAGCGUCCACACAAGGGCCAGUGCAGGAGCAAUUGCACCUCAAGGCUCCUGAGCAGGCAAGCCAGGGUCUGGGCCCGGGGCCCAGGAGUAACAGCUCGGGAUUUUUCCCCAGCCCCAGUCUCGGGGCCUAUAAGCCGCAGCAGCUACCAUCCGAACAGGAGUUUUCUGACACAGGUCCAGUUCCUCCGCCAGAGAUGCACCUGAUGAUGCUACCUUGGGGCCCGUGGGAAUGUCAUUGCCCCACGGGUACCAUGAGCCGAGUUCGGGGAGGAAAGUUUUUGGGUUUCACUGGGCGUCUUCGAUCUGGGUCCCUGAGUCGCCUGCAGACCCAGCGCCAGCCCUGCACUUAUGCCCGCUGCCACUGUAACCAGGAGAAGAACGAAUGUCCCUCAGACUACGUCUCUUGCUCUUCCACCCCUGGUGCCUGCAACUACCGGGCUUCCCUGAACCCAUUGGAGAGUCCAGAAAACACCGUCAACGAAACGACAUUUUGGAAGCAAGUCCGAGAGGGGCUAGAAGAAGUUUGGGUAGGACUCCAAUCUCUGGUGACUAAGGAGAAAAGGGUGAGCAUUAGGGAUAAAUGAAGAAAUGAAUGAGGCAUUUAUUAUUAAGCACUUGCUAUGAGCAAAGCACUGGGGAUUCCAAGAAGACAGCCCCUCCUCUAAUGAUUUAUCAGAUCCAUGGUUGUUACUAGUUUUAUAUCAAUAUUUGAUUUAUCAUUAUGUGCCAGUCAUUGAAAUCAACAUAUUUAGGUACUAGCUAAUAAUUUCUCAUCAAACAACUCUUGAUUGUUCUCUGACCAAUCUUUGUUGGCCAUUUUGUUAUCAAAAAUGACUGAGAUUAUUCAAAGCAAUCAUUGUACAGAUUAAUCCUUAAUAAAUGGAAACUGACCCAUUGAUAAUUAGAUGUGGAUGGAUCAAUGAUUUAUCAAUUUGUUGGCUAGAGCAGUUCAAACAGCACCUACUGACUGGGUAAUGAUGUAUUUUACACUGACUAGCAUAAUUCCUUUAUUUGAGGAGUAGGAUGAUUUUUCAGUAUAAGGAUAACGUCCUGUAAACGUAUACAUUUGUCUCUGUCCCUGCCUAUUCAUUCCUAUCUCUCCCCCUUAAUGGGUCUCUUUACAUACCUGUAAAUGUCCAAUGAGAGUAUAAAGCAUAAAUUAAGUAGAUUCCCUUGUAUUCUAAGUAGGAGUGGAAUGUUUCAAAGCUUUGUAUUUUCCCCAGUACUUAAACCCAAGACAUUAUCUUGUAAGGUGGUUGUAGGUAGUGCUGUGGUUAGGGAGGGCAGUAUCAAUAGAAUGGUAAGUGGAGGACAAGUCAAGGGGAAGGGAUAAUAUACAAAUGUGAUUGUAAUUUCCCCCUUUCUCUUCCCUGCCUAGAUAAAGAGAAACCAGAGGUGAUGGCCAUGUCUAUGUCCAGCCCCAGAGGAAGAGGAGGGGGUGUCAGCACCCUUUCCUCCUUCCACUCCCACUUCUAACUUUCCACAUCCUAUGGAUAUCUUUUGUAAAGUAAUAAAG